AUGAAGAGCACUCCCUUGAUCAUUAACUGGCAUGAUCAGAAUGCCCCCAUCUAUUCGGCCCAUUUCGAGCCAUCAGGCAAGGGCCGUCUAGCAACUGCCGGUGGAGACUCGAACGUCAGACUCUGGCAGGUCGAGAGAGAUGGCGAGGACAGGAAGGUCGAGUACCUGGCCACCCUCUCCAAGCACACCCAGGCCGUCAACGUUGUCCGGUGGUCCCCGAAAAGCGAAACUCUGGCCUCCGCCGGUGAUGACGGGAACGUCAUCAUCUGGGUCCCCUCCGAGUCCAGCAACCCGGCCUUUGGCAGCGAUGGCUUCGACGACAAGGAGAGCUGGCGCACAAAGCACAUGUGCCGGUCCUCUGGCUCCGAGAUAUACGACCUGGCCUGGUCUCCAGAUGGCUCAUACUUCAUCAUCGGGAGCAUGGACAACGUCGCGAGGAUAUACAAUGCCGCUACCGGUACACUGAUACGCCAGAUCGCCGAGCACAACCACUAUGUCCAAGGAGUGGCAUGGGACCCCCUCAACGAAUACAUUGCGACUCAGUCGUCAGACCGCUCUGUGCAUGUCUACUCUCUCAGGACUAAGGAUGGCCAGUACACGCUGAGCAGUGAAACCGACAAGUGCCCAAAGAUUGCAAGUCACAUGAAGUCUGACCUGCCCCCUCGGCGCAUCUCCUCAAGCAGCCCGGCGCCACCCGACUUUGGCCACCGCGCCCAGCUGUCUGUCAUUGACGCCGUUCCCUCCGUUGGCCCAGGCCCAACCUCUGGUGCGUCGAUAGGGUCACCGGUGCCGUCCGCCCCCGGCACGCCAACAUCGGUGGCGCUGCCCAUGAACCCGCCGAGCGUCAUCAGCCACAGUCGAAGGUCGUCCUUCUCUUCGUCCCGCCGCUCCGUUUCCCCGGCGCCCUCGAUGCCCCUGCCUGCUGUCAUGCCGAUGGAGGCUUCCCCUAAGCCCCUUCCAACAAGCACAAAUGUCAAGAAUGCCAGUCUCUAUGCCAACGAGACCCUGACCUCUUUCUUCCGGAGGUUAGCUUUCACGCCAGAUGGUAGUCUGUUGCUCACCCCGGCCGGGCAAUACUCGUCACAACAGACAUCAACAGAUGGGAAGCCACAUUACGAGGUCGUCAACACGGUGUAUAUUUACACACGGGGCGGCAUCAACAAACCACCAACAGCACAUCUGCCCGGACACAAGAAGCCGUCCGUCUGUGUGCGGUGUUCGCCAAUAUUCUAUACUCUCAGGACAUCUCCACCAAGCACAAAGCACAUCACCAUCGACACUUCCUCGUCAGAGGAACCAAUACCGUCACUACCAGAACCACUCUCAAAGCCGUCCCCUGCGAUGUCUGUCAUGGACCCACCACCUCCGCCGUCCUCCGAGCCCAUGGGAAGGAGUCUUAGCACCACCUCGGAAACAACGUCCACUUCAGCAGGCCCAAAGGCGGCUUUUGCGCUUCCAUACAGGAUGGUGUAUGCCGUGGCGACGCAGGAUUCAGUUUUCAUCUAUGACACCCAGCAGCAAACCCCGAUCUGCAUCGUCAGUAACCUGCAUUGUGCUACUUUCACAGACCUCGCAUGGGCGGCCGAUGGCACAACUCUAUUCAUUACGUCGUCAGAUGGCUUCUGUUCGACGGUCUCGUUUGCACCCACAGAUCUUGGUGAGGUCUACAAGGGUGACAUCUCUGCACACAAACGGCGUCAGGAGAACGCGGACGCGGUGGCAUCAUCAUCACAAAAUACGCCUGUUCCAACACCAACCUCUCAAUUUGCGCCACCAUCACCAUUUCCUAAUGGAUCCCAACAUCGACACCGCGACUCGACGAGUUCCUUUGCGGCACCCUCCCCACCGCCAGCAGCAGCUUUCGCCAACCAGCGGCCAUCGUCUCCCACGAGGUCCAAUUCUACCUCAUCCAUCAUCACACAGAGCUCGACAGCAGCUCCACCUGGGCCGCCCACUCUCGUCGCGGGUAGUGUGCCUGGCUUGACUGCGACUAACUCUGGCAAGGUGACCGGGGUGCCCAUCGCGACUCCACCGGAGACCCCUCGGAGCACGGCUGGUAGUGUAGCCGGCACCAAGAGGGACCAGAGCGAGAGCGAGAAAGAGGACUCUGGGUCAAAACCCAAAAAGAGAAGAGUUGCGCCCACACUCGUCAGCGGGCCAGGCUCUGACCCGAAGCCUUGA